AUGUCAAUAUUCGAUGAUUUCAUUGAACAAUCGAACGAUCCAACGCCGUCAUACGGUAGCAGCUCGUUUUUCGUAGACUCUGUCGGUUUUGAACCGUCUGAUCCAAUUAUGCUUGAGACUGGCUUUGUCAGUAUGGGCCUAGCCGAAGACGAUUCACGCGUCUUUGCAUUAGACAGAGUUCAGUUCCAAUUUCCUGCUCAAUUACGGACGAUGGCUGUUUCGAACGAGAUGUUGAUAAUGGCAUUGGAAACGAAUCAUAUUCUGAGGAUCGACUUACAGCAGGUGCAUGAAGUCGAAGAUAUCGAAAUCCCAAGGAAGCACACUGAAGUGAAGAUAUAUAAAACAUUUUUUGACCCGACUGGGAGGCAUUUAUUAAUUACAACUGAACAAGGAGAAAAUUUCUAUUUAUUUGAAAAAUGGAAAAAAGCAAAACCUCUAUCAAAAUUCAAGGGAAUCGUAAUUGAAUCUGUAGCGUGGAAUAAGGAAGCCGGAACAUCGUCAGAUCCAUCUACUAAAAAGAUACUGAUUGGUACAAGGAAUGGGUUGAUUUUUGAGGCCGAGAUUGAGCCUACCGAUGAGUAUUUUAAACGAGAAGAAAAGUUCUGCAAACAGGUCUAUUCAAUACAAGAAAACCUCCCGAUCACUGGUCUCAGAUUCGAACAAUUUACAGUAACACCACGCAAAUACUUUAUCGUUGCAACCACGCCAACGAGAAUAUAUCAAUUUAUUGGAAUGGCACAACCCAAGGCUGAUUACGAUGGCGCGUCAAUGUUUGGAAAUUUGUUUGCCAAAUAUGAAACCAAUCCGGGAUUUCAGGAGUUACCCGGUGAUCUGCCGUACAGUGAGCUCCAUUUUUUUACACCAUAUCAGGAUAUUCAAUAUCAAGGAACUCCAAAGACGUUCGCAUGGCUCACAGGUCCUGGGAUAUAUCACGGAAACCUUGUUUUUGGAUCUCAAGAUGUUGGGGAUAGUGUAAUAGAUUCUGCGCAUUUAUUACCAUAUCCUGCCACUCCGUCAGAAAUAGACCCUACUACAGUUGUAUCCGAGAUCCCAUUGUCGAUCGCUCUCACAGAGUUUCAUUUUAUUUUGUUGUACAAAGAACGUAUACGGGCGAUCUGUCAGCUGAAUGAUCAGAUCGUAUAUGAAGAACUUAUACCUCUUAAAGCAGGGGAGGAAGUCCGUACAAUGACAGUUGACACUGUAAAGAAUACAUUCUGGAUAUAUACUGAUCUGUCCAUAUUCGAACUUAUAAUAACAAGAGAAGACAGAGAUGUAUGGAGAUUGUACUUGGAUAGACAAGCAUUUGAUACUGCAUUACAAUAUUGCAAGAAUCCCGCUCAACGUGAUAAAGUUUUAAUAACUCGAGCAGACUAUUACUUCUCACAGGGCAGAUAUAUCCUCUCUGCUCAAUCAUAUGCUCAAUCAACAGUCGCGUUUGAGGAAGUCACUUUAAAAUUUGUUGAGAGGGAUGAAAGAGAUGCUCUAAGAGAAUACUUGUUGAGCAAAUUGAAUAAAUUGCGACGAGGGGAUCAUAUUCAAAGGACAAUGAUUGCCACAUGGCUAGUAGAAAUCUAUCUUAAUAAAAUCAACAUGUUAGAAGACCAGACUACUGCCAGUGCUGGUUCAGAUGAAGUAAACAAUCUCCUGGCCGAGCAGAAGUUUGUCGAAGAUGAGUUUAGGGUGUUCUUGGAUGAAUACAAAGCUAAUCUCGAUAAACGUACGACUUAUAAUCUUAUCGCAAGUCACGGGCGAAUGGAUGAAUUGCUGUUUUAUGCUACGAUAAUUGGUGAUUACGAAAAGGUCGUUUCUCAUUGGAUUCAAGAGAAGGAUUAUAAGAAAGCAUUAGAUGUCCUCAGUAAACAGGCUUCCGUCGAUUUAUUCUAUAAAUUUGCACCGGUAUUAAUGGAGAACGCGCCAUAUGAGACUGUCAAUGUAUGGAUGCGACAGACAGAACUUAAUCCCCGCAAUUUGAUACCUGCUUUGCUAAAAUACGAUCACUCAAAAUCCACAGAGAACGCUACUCAGAACCAAGCAAUACGAUAUCUACAAUUUGUCGUUCGAGAACUGAAUAACACGGACCCUGCGAUACACAACUUCCUUUUAACUCUUUAUGCGACGCAAUCUGCUCAGGAUGAAUCGGCUCUACUACAGUUUCUGGCUACAGAGGGUCGCAAGCCGCACUAUAAUUUGGACUAUGCACUCAGACUCUGUAGUCAGAAUGGAAGAAUGCAAAGUUGUGUACAUAUUUACAGUAAUAUGGGUUUAUAUGAAGAAGCUGUCGAUUUAGCAUUGAAGCAUAACGACCUAGAAUUAGCAAGAAUCAACGCUGAUAAACCAGAAGAUGACGAAGCUUUAAGAAAAAAACUUUGGCUAAAGAUCGCUCGACACGUGGUGGAAAAGAAAAAGGACAUCAAAACUGCAAUGGAAUAUGUACAUGACUGCGAAUUGCUCAAGAUUGAAGAUAUUCUCCCAUUCUUCCCAGACUUUGUCCUUAUUGACGAUUUCAAGGAUGAAAUUUGUGCUGCAUUAGAGGAUUAUAAUAUACACAUCGAAGAGCUCAAGGCUGAGAUGGAAGAGGCGACGAAAAGCGCGGAAAGUAUUAGAGACGAUAUUCGGGAAUUGCGUUGUCGAUUUGCUGUCGUUUCUACUAAUGAGAAGUGCUCGUUGUGUGACUUUCCAAUGUUGACUAGGCAAUUUUAUAUUUUCCCUUGUCAACAUGGUUUCCACUCGGACUGCUUAAUCAACAAAGUUAAACAUCAUCUAAACCCUCGUCAAAUCCGGCGUAUUCUCGAGCUACAAGAAAAAAUAGCUCAGGAGAUCUCUAAUAUAAAUCAUGCAGUCGCAAAGCCUCUUGCAAAGCCUCAGACACAAGCGGGUGGAUUAGAUCUAUUGAAAGGGUUGAUAUUGCCUGAUCUGACCGCUAAUAGCGGAGAUGAUGUAGCUGUCGUCGUACCGAAAGUGGACCAGUUGAAGGAUGAAUUAGACGAUUUAGUAGCGUCGGAAUGUAUUCUUUGCGGUGAUAUCAUGAUUAAGACCAUUGAAGAACCAUUUAUCAGCCCAGAAGAAACGGACUUAUUGGCAAGUUGGGCCGUAUGA